AUGGCGUUACGGAAUUUUGAAGACANACCUCGAAAAAAAUCAUCUUUUGUCCGACGUAAUCAUUUUGUCUCUAUCUUCUUUGAUAUCGAGAAGGCUUACGAUCGGACAUGGCGUUACGGAAUUUUGAAGACACUUUACAGCAUGGGACUUCGUGGAAACCUACCCAUCUUUCUGAAAAACUUUCUGUCGAAGCUGUAUUUUCGAAUAAAACAGGGCACUACAUUUUCUGAUCUAUUCAUUCAGGCAGAAGGAGUUCCACAAGGCAGUGUUUUAAGUGUCAUACUAUUCAUUAUUCAUGUUUCACAAAUCUUGAACUUGCUUCCACCUUCCGUAUUUGGUUCACUGUAUGUUGACGAUCUGAACGUAUCAUGUUCUGGAUCAGACAUGCGCGUUAUUGAGCGUCAACUGCAGUUGACUGUGAAUAAAAUUGUGGAAUGGUGUGAGCAUAAUGGUCAUAGCCUGUCACCUGUCAAAAGCUCUUGCAUACAUUUUUGUAGAUUACGCAGAAUGCAUUUUGAUCCCAUUAUAUCGAUUCGUAACAUUACCAUACCUGUUGUAUCUGAAACAAAGUUCUUAGGUGUUAUAUUUGAUCAUAAACUCACUUUUUUGCCUCAUAUUUUACAUCUAAGAAAGCGGUGUGAGAAAACCUUGAAUGUGUUACGCUUUGACAUGUGCGACGUGCCAACACAAUCAAUAGAUCACCUUCUCAUACCACCAUGGAUCAUCGCACCACAUCAGUUUUAUUCCCUUUCUAAAUUGUACAGUAAAUCUGAUGUUGCAUCCAUCAUUUAUCAACAAAUAUUCAAUUCUCAUCGUCACCAAUAUUUUGAGUAUGUGCCUGUAUAUACUGACGGAUCAAAAUCGGUGGAAUACGUAGGCUGUGGUGUCAUCAUCGCUGAUGAUACUUAUAGCUACAAGAUCCAUGAUAUUUGUUCCGUCUUCACUGCGGAAGCUGUUACCAUCCUUUUGGCAUUGCGGCUGAUUUCUUCACGCUCCGAACGAAAGUAUUUUAUAUACUCCGAUAGUAAGAGCGUUUUGAACAAGUUAGAAAAUUUUCGCAGCGAUACUCAUCCAAUCCUAUGCUUCAUUAAUCAUUUAUUAAUCUCUCUUCACAAGAAGGGAUUUGAUAUUUCAUUUUGCUGGAUACCGAGUCACGUCGGUAUCCCAGGGAAUGAGUUAGCGGAUUCUGCAGCACGAUCUGCAACUACUGAACUUACAAUAUCUGUACCAUUCUCAGACAUUAAACUACAUGUUCGACAGCUCAUUCCGUCCCUUUGGCAAAAGCAUUGGGAUCUUCAAACUCAAAAUAAACUUCAUAACAUUAAACCAUAUAUAGACCCCUUACCUGUAUUACGUUUACGUAAUGCAGAUGUAAAGUUUAAUCGUCUCAGAAUCGGCCAUACUCGACUCACACAUCUUCAUCUGUUGUUUGGAGAAUCUCCUCCCAAAUGCGACUCUUGCAAUACUUUACUUACGGUUCAUCACAUUUUAACCAUUUGUCCUUGUUUUAACCAGCAUCGUCUUACCUUUUUUAAUAGCACGAUUUUAUGUAUGAAGGAUUUGUUAGAUGAUAUUCAUCAUCCUAACAUUUUCGCAUUUCUGCGAGCUAUUGGUAUUUUAUAUUGUAUAAAACUGUUUUAUCUGAUUUUAUUCACUCUUAUUUCCUACCCAUGAACCGUUUUACCUUUUCUGUGUAUUUUAUAGAAUUACGCUUUUUAUUGGUUUUUAUGAACUUUUGAAAAUUUUUGUCUUGAGAUAAACUACUUUAUUAGUUUCAUUUAUUUUAUGACAAUGAAACUAUUGUGUUUCACCAUUAGAUCUAACCCAACAAACUGUUUGGCGCAGCAUAUCAUCCUUUGGAUCUUGUGCCAUAAAACUUUUACAUUCAAUCUAAUCCAAUCCUGCUCAAUGCCAAGAAGACCAAAGAAAUUUCAAUGAAUGAGUUUAGGAAGGUUGGUCCCUCCACUAAAUCCUUAAAUUCUAUUGCCUCCAGCUCUUUAGAAGAUUCUUGGGAUUUGGGGAUAGAAGUUCGUUCGUCUGAGAUUUUAUGGGCUUUGAAAGUUAUAGAAAGCCACUUCUCCAACAAACAAUUCUUCCAAAGACACUGGAAAAUUAUUCAGUGCAAUGUUUCCAGACAGUUCAAUAACACGUCAAUUCGCCUGCAAUGAAUCUAAGUGAGUAUAUCUCUGUCGUUUUGGACUUGCACCUCAUUUUAGCAUGCUACCUCUGAAGUGCAUUGAUAAUGCCAAGUUUUAUACAUUGCUUUUUUGAUGAGUCUUUGAACAAAGCGACGCAGCAGAAGCAGUUGGAUUUACAUAUCCGCUUUUGGAACCCAGAUAAGAACAUUGUAGAGACGUAAUACUUAACAUCAGCUUUUCUGGGCCAUUCUACAUCAGAUGACCUUUUAGCCUGCUUUUAUGCGUGUCAAAAAUUUAGACCUGAAGAAAUUAUUGCUGAUUUCCAUGGACGGUCCGGUUCUGGUGGCAGUUUCACUCCUGCUGCUGAGUUGAGUUGUUUAACUCCUGCUUUAGUUUUGGUUUCGGUUUCCAAAAUUUUUAACUUGCUGAAUCUUCUGAAUUUGAAGAAAAAGAUAGCGGCUGGUCAAAAAUCAUGUACUUAGAUAAAAGUCAAUAAAUAUAAUUCGUUAAACGGAUCAACAUUUAUUGAACUACCAGAUUUUAUUCAAAGGAAAAAGGCCGUAAUUAAUAUUAAAAAUAACGAUAAUAAAUGUUUUAUGUAUGCAGUCCUUGCCGCCUUAUACCGACAGACCAAUAAUGCGUAGACAGUGGAAAAACUUGCAACUUUUGUUGAUGAUUUUGACUUUUCCUGCCUUGAGUUUCCAAUGAAACUACAAGAUAUUUCCAAAUUUGAAAAGAAAAAUAAUAUUUCGAUAAAUGUAUAUGGUUUCAAUGAUAAGAAUGUGAUUUAUCCUCUGCACAUUACAGAAAACGAAAGGCAAGUUCACGUUGAUUUGUUAUAUAUAACUCCUACAUCGACUUCUCACUACUGUUUGAUUAAAGAUCUAUCGCGACUCAUUUGUUCUCAAAUAUCUAGGCACAAUGGAAAAACUUUCAUUUGUAAAAGAUGCUUACAACAUUUCACGACCAAAGAAAUCCUUCUCAAACAUAAGAGACUGUAACCACGAAGCUGUGAGAGUGGAAAUGCCACAGAAUCCUUGAUUUGAAAAUGUUCAACGUACCCCUACGUCGUUU